AUGAUCCGCACGCCAACCAAGGGCGAGUCGCCGGGGAGAUCGCCCCAAACGGCACCUACAGGCGUCGACCACGCUGAGGAGCGAGUCGUGGAUGCCUCGGACAGUACCUAUGUACUGCCUGCCGCCGCACCACACUCGCUCGGCGCGAACCCCAAAACUAGGGCCGUCACUAGACUCCAAAAAGCGAGAGGAAUGGUAAUAAAGGCCAAGACAGCAUUAAAAAAUAGUAGGAACCUCAAAACGGAGCUAAAGGAGGACAUCACCCAAGCGGUGGAUGCCCUGUACGGCCUCGUUAGAGAAUUUGAACAAGAUAAGCAAACCACGCAAACAGCAAUAGAAGUAGCUCAAACACUGACCCCAACCGCCUCUAUCCCUGACGAGCUACUCUCGAAAAUAGAGGAAAAUAAUAGACUCCUCAAGGAGCACUCUCUGAAGCUCGAGGCCCUAAAGGAGUCAAUGGAGGAACAAAAGGGCCUCAUUAAGACGGUGACCUACGCCAGCGUCACGGCGGGACCCCAGAAUGCAGAACGACAACGCCAGCAACACAAGGCGCUGCACACCAUAGCGGUGGCAUCCAUAGACGAAAAGUCUACGGGAGAUGAGACUUAUGAGGAGAUAAGAAAAGCAAUAUAA